CCCAUCCCUCCUUCUCACAUCCCUACCCCCAGACCCUUUUCCUUCCCUCUUCAUAUCUAAACUCCUCCACCUAACCCAUCUUGAUCUUAUGGCUAUCAUCACAAACUUCUUGCCAAUACCCUUAUUCCCUCUUUCAAAACUUUACAGAGUCAAACACCCUUCCCAUCCUUUCUCCUUCUUCACCAGACCACUUAGACGUCCAGCCCCAGAAAUCAAAACAACCUGGACCCACUUCUCUCCGACUGCCUCUACAGCCGCCAGUGGAACUGAAAAGAAGAAGGUCAAGAGCGAUGAGAGAGUCCAACAAGUCCACAGCAUCGAAGAGUUUGAUAAUGCCUUGCGAAUGGCCAAGAACAAGCUUGUAGUGGUUGAGUAUGCUGCAAGCCACAGCUACCACAGCCGCAAGAUCUAUCCCUUCAUGGUCGAUCUGAGCCGCACAUGCAGUGAUGUGGAGUUCCUCCUAGUCAUGGGUGAUGAGUCCGAGAAGACCAAGGAGCUGUGCACGAGGGAAAAGAUCGACAAGGUCCCUCACUUCAGCUUCUACAAGAGCAUGGAGAAAAUUCACGAAGAGGAAGGGAUCGGGCCGGACGAGCUGAUAGGGGACGUCUUGUACUACGGGGACAACCACUCGGAAGUGGUGCAACUUCAUUGCCGUGAGGAUGUGGAGAAGCUGAUGGAAGACCACAAGGUGGACAAGAACCUAAUAGUACUCGACGUGGGGCUGAAGCACUGCGGGCCAUGUGUGAAGGUGUAUCCGACGGUCCUGAAGCUGUCGAGGCAGAUGAGGGACACGGUGGUGUUCGCUAGGAUGAACGGAGACGAGAAUGAGAGCUGCAUGGAGUUCUUGAAGGACAUGGAUGUGGUGGAAGUGCCUACUUUCUUGUUCAUAAGAGAUGGGGAGAUCUGUGGACGAUAUGUAGGAUCGGGUAAAGGAGAGCUUAUUGGAGAGAUCCUUAGAUACCAAGGAGUUCGAGUAACUUAGGAAAAAAAGACCUGUGUGUUUCCUCAAAGCUCGGCUGAUGGAUUGUAGGGUAGUUUGGGGAUUUUCAAUUCGUUGUCCAAAGCAUUGUUGUGAUGGCCUACCUUCAAAACGUACUACCCUACAAUUUCACGAGCCGACCAGUGUAUGAUAGAUACAUGAGAGCUGAACAGAACAAAACAAUUUAUUGAGUA